CCGCGUUUGAAUACCGGCUUGAGCCGGUAAAGAGCUGCCAAGACAGCCAGGAAAUAAUUCACCGAAGACAAAAGAUGCGAAAGGCUGUGGCAGAGCGAAAAUAGUUCAAAGCGGCAUCGGUUUUUCCACUAGCCUUUUAUUAUUUUUUAUUUUUUUUUGCGGGAAACAAGUGGUUUAGAUAUUAAAAUCAUUUUUGAAAAGCUUUACAUUUUCUAUGUCAAUUAUUGUUCUCUUCCGCUUGGAAAAUAGGCCAAUACAUUAAAGCUACAAGAUGACGACGACAUAGAAAACCCGGCUUCUUUACACCAGAAGACUCAUUUCUUCCAUUUCUGGUCAGCUCUGCUGGUGGUCUGCUGUAGCCAUGAGGGUGCCCAGUUGUUUGGGGCCUAAUGUUUACCCAGAGGUGCCUGAUGGCGGCUGGGGCUGGGCUGUGGCUGCGGCCUUCUUCUUGGUGGAGGUCUGCACCUAUGGGACCCUCAAGAGCCUGGGCGUCUUCCUCCAGGACCUGAUGGAGGAGUUUGGAGAAAGCAACAGCCGAGUGUCAUGGGUCAUUUCCAUUUGCGUCUUCAUCUUUACCUUCACUGCCCCUCUGUCCACGAUGCUGAGCAACCGCUUUGGCUAUCGUCCAGUGGUGAUGAUGGGAGGCUUCCUCAUCAGUCUGGGAACCAUCACCUCCGCCUUCACCAAUUCCAUUAAUGAGAUGUACAUCACCAUCGGCAUUGUCUCAGGCCUCGGCUACUGCCUCACCUUCCUCCCCACUGUCACCAUCUUAGCCCAGUACUUCUCCAGACGGCGAGCCCUCGUCACCUCCAUUGCUUCCUCCGGAGAAUCCUUUGCUAUAUUUGCAUUUGCUCCAGCCUUCACUACACUGAAACAACACAUUGGCUGGCGCUACUGUCUGGUUGUCCUUGGCACCUUUCAGGCUUCUGUGAUUGGCUGUGGGCUUCUUCUGCGCCCAAUAAUCAUUGAGCCAGAACCUGUAAAGGAGGACAAUGAGUCGGACAAAGACUCUCUCUCUCUGAAGCAGCUGCAGACUGUGUAUGAGCUGGAGAAUGAACAAACCAGAACCUCCAUCAGCUCAGGAGUCUCCAGAGGUUCGGAGGACUCAGGUGUCACCUCCCUCUCUGCCUCAAAUGUAGACCUGAGGACUGCAGGAGCUGAAACCAAGGCCCUAGUGGAGUGGGAGUUGCAGGACAAAGAGGGCCGGGAGCCAUCACUGUCCACACCUCCCAGCCCAGUCAAGGAGAAGGAUGAGGUGGAACCGGCAGAGGUAGAGGCGGGUCCUCUCAAGCCCUCCAGCCCCAAACUCAUGGACUUCUCUGUGCUUAAAGACUGUGCCUUCAUCUGGUACUCACUCUUUGGCCUGUUUGCCACACUGGGCUUCUUUGCUCCACAGAUCUACAUCAUUGAACUGAGCAAGAGUCGGGGAGUGGAGCCCAACAUGGCCUCCUACAUGCUCUCUGUGAUGGCCGUGGCCGAGAUCUUUGGUCGCUUGUCUAUUGGGGUGGUGCUGAACAAAGUCCGUUGCAGGAAGACCCUGCUGUUGCUGGUGUGUGUGGUUCUACUGUGCCUGGUUCUAGUGGCUUUCACUAUUGUGUGGGAGUUCUGGGGCUUGGUGGUCUGCUGCGCCCUCUAUGGUUACUUCAUGGGCACCGUGGGCUCCACCCACAUCCCCAUGCUGGCUGAGGAGGAUGUGGUGGGAAUCCAGAAGAUGGCAUCCUCUGUAGGAGUGUAUGUCUUCAUCCAGAGCUUUGCCGGACUGGCCGGACCCCCCUUAGGAGGUGUAUUGGUGGAUGUCACACAGAACUAUGGUGCUGCCUUCUAUUCCUGCGCAGUGGGUAUGGGGCUCAGUGCCAUCUGCCUGGGCCUGGUCGGUCCAGCCAAGUCUGGCAUGUGUCAAAGACAGUGCAGAAAGAAAGAAGAAGGCAAAAACCUGGAGGAAGAGCAGAAAAUAUCUCAGGAAAGUGACCAGACUGACUUUUUGGAGGUGGACUUGGCCCCGGAGGACAGUCCCGUUAGACGGGCUGUGGAUCAGGACAGCGCCUCUGUAAUAUGACCCCAACCACAGCAUGACAUCACCUCAUAAUUAAAGACAAGGACGUCAACAAAGCAAAUACAUACGUCUGCACUGCGAGAGGCUGCAGUGUCACUGACACUAACCCACAGUCUUGACAGCUGCUGCUGGUUCUGAUUCUCAGGUGUCACUCUCUCUCACUUUCUGACAAGCUUGAAGUUCACUCCUUCCCAGACAGGAAGCAGUCUCUCCUCUGAGACCAAAGACACAUCCAUGCUGAGUACAUGGUGUCACACCUUAGCUAUUUAACAAGCUUACAAACAAUUCUGUUCCAGCUGUUUAGAGCAAAACCUCACCUCAACUAUCGAGUGUUCACAAUCCUCUGUGUAUUAUUAGUUUGUGUUCUCUUUGAGUUAGUGUACUGCUAUCUCAGGAAAGAAGCGUUGUGUGAGGCAUUGUGAGCGUGACAUAGAUGAAACAGUCAUGAUACGUGUCAGAAGCCUCUAUUAUCAUGCUUGUUGAUUCCUGCUCGUGCUCAGGCGUGCACGUCUCGACCAUGCGUUUUCAUCAAAGCCCCGCAACGGCUCUGAUUCCUGCUGACCCACGUGUUGUGUUUUUUCCGCCCUCGUUGGACGCACACACACCACAUGACACAGUCACUUCUUCAGCAAAGUCUGGAGAGUGAAACACACACACCUCGUGGCUUUUAAAUGUAACUGUCCCUUGCAAAAUGAACAGUAGACAAUCUGCCUUUAUGCCUUUGAUGCAUGGAGAACGAUACUCACUACUGCUGAAGCUGGACAAGAAAAUGUAGUCAUGCAAUCUGUACAUACAGUCUGUCUAUUGGUCCCACAUACAUGUACAUUCAUGUAAUUGAUAUUUAAUUUCUGAAACUAUUGUAACAAUAGCAAUACUGCAGCAGUGUUCACUGAUGGUUAAGAAUGGAUUAAGGAGUUCCAGCUUGGUCUCUGUUCCCAGGGUCUGUACUCUGUGAUUUCAUCAUAUUGGAGGUUGUGGGAUUCAUUUUGCAUGAGCCUCAGUCCCAGUUUCCAUCCUCCAUUCUGUACUGUUUUGAGUAAAAGCACUGACUGUAUAUCUACUAUCAUCUUAUCAUGAUCCUUUUAAUGAACUGUAGAAUGACCUUGUUACAUCUUAACAGGAUACAAACUGAAAAGCAACGAUGAUACAAUAGAAGAGCUUAAGGGUUUACAGUGAUUUGUUUAUUCCAGUGCCAUGGCUAACCCAAUACAACGCACAUGUCAAGGUGUAGAACUAGAGACGGUAUAGAGAUGUAUAUGUCUGUAUGCAAAGGUGUGGAGGACAGAUUUGACAGGAGAGACUCCACAUGAAGCAGCUCCCCUCAGAGUCCCUCCUGCAGCCUCACAUCAUCUCCACACCCACCUCCACUAUGACUUGAAGUUUAGCUCACAAACCUUUCCUUAAUCACUGAACCACCUCUAUUUAAACUGUUUAUAAUGAUGAUCUGAUGUUCAUUUUUUAUUGUAACUUUUUUCAGUUUUUUUUUAGUUAAUCGAGUGCCAGGCAGGUUCCUGCCUGUUAAAGUGCUGUACUGCUUUCAUUAUGUAUUUUUUAAAUAAAAUCUCCUCCAAACCCUUUCA